AUUGGGCGACGAAAUUGUAGGGCGACAGCGAAAUGGACAAAUUUUCCCAACUUUUGAAGCCAAAAGAGGUUUGGAUGGCGGACCUAACGAUGAGGUGGUGCUUUAGAAUUUAGAAAAUCAAAAACUACUCCCAUCACGGAUUGGAAAAUCCAAGCUACCAGCUACAAAAGUUGUUGAUUUCUAGAAGAAUAUUUCUCGACUGCUAAGACGACUUGGACCAUAUAAAGUUCUGUUCUCGUGCUAAAGAAAUUUCAGCAAAGUGGUAUUAGAGAUGAAGGCGGCCGGCCAGAGUUGGAACAAAAAAGUGAUCGUUUGGUGACAAAAUUCAAAUCAGAUCAUCUGAUCCUGAGGUAAUCUAUAUAAACGUUCAAGUUCCCCCACAUCUAGACCUUAGGAGACACCAGGAACUGAGGGAGAGGAAUAGAGAAGGAAGGGAGGAUGAUGAGAGUUCUUUUGUGCUUGUUGCUCUGCUUCUUAGCCAUUACAGCAAGAAAUGAUGCAACGAGGCAAGGAGAUGCCCUUAACAAGCUCUACUUCGACGCGUUCAAGUUGAAGAGAGCAGCAGCUGCAGGUGCUGCUUCUUAUGCCACCACCACUCUUUUCUCCAAUCUAUCUUCGAAAAUUUAUCCCCAGCAAGGGUUGAAGGAGAAUGACAAGAUCAGCAAGUUGCCUGGCCAGCCUGAAGGUGUGGAUUUUGAUCAGUAUGGAGGCUAUGUCACCGUCGAUGCGGAAUCCGGAAGGGCUCUCUUCUACUACUUCGCCGAGGCUGCUGCUUCUGCUGAUCCUUCUUCCAAACCACUGGUUCUCUGGCUCAAUGGAGGGCCAGGCUGCUCGUCUCUCGGAUACGGAGCGAUGGAGGAGCUAGGCCCCUUCCGCGUCAUGAGCGACGGCAAGACGCUGUUCAGAAAUCCAUAUGCAUGGAAUAGAGUGGCUAAUGUGCUGUUCUUGGAGAGCCCAGCGGGCGUUGGCUUCUCCUACUCCAACACCACCUCAGACUACGACAAGAGUGGGGAUAGCAGGACGGCCGCGGAUGCUUAUGUAUUCCUGGAGAACUGGAUGGAGAGAUUCCCAGAGUACAAAGGCAGAGAUUUCUUUAUAGCUGGGGAGAGCUAUGGUGGCCACUAUGUGCCCCAGCUUGCUCACACCAUUCUCCAACACAACAAUACCAGCAUCAACCUCAGAGGCAUCAUGAUUGGCAAUGGAGUGAUCAACGCCGAAACAGACAGCAAGGGGAUGUUCGACUAUUUCUGGACACAUGCACUGAUCUCGGAUGAGACCAUUGAUGCAAUCCACAAGUACUGCAAUUUCUCGCCGGACGCUGUUAACCAGCCUAAGCAGUGUGAUCAGGCGUUGGAGGUUACCAACAAUGUCUUCGAAACGCUGGACAUCUACAAUAUCUAUGCUCCUCUCUGCUUCUCAUCCGGCGUCACGCCUUCUCCUAAGAGAUACUCGAUUAAGAAUUUCGACCCAUGCACUGAUGACUACGUAAGUGCUUAUCUCAACAUUGCUGAGGUGCAGGAGGCUUUUCAUGCCAAUGUCACCAAACUCAACUACACCUGGUCUGCUUGCAGGCAUUUUAUGCAAUGGACAGAUAGCCCUUACACGGUCUUACCACUUAUCAAGGAAUGCAUGGCUAAUGAUAUACGAGUUUGGGUGUAUAGCGGAGAUGUUGAUGGACGGGUUCCUGUCACUUCAUCGAGAUAUUCUCUCAAUCAACUAAAUCUUCUAGUAAAAACUGAGUGGCAACCAUGGUUUAUCAAUAAGGAGGUUGGUGGAUAUAGUGUUAUUUAUGAUGAUAACUUAACAUUUGCUACUGUUAGAGGAGCUGGGCAUGAGGUUCCGAGCUACCAAGCACUUCGAGCACUUGUACUUGUCAAAUUUUUUCUUGAAGGAAAGCCGCUUCCUUCCUGAAACUACUUUAAUUUAAAUUUGUUCGUUUCUUAGAUAUAUAGGUCAAAAGGUAGUUACUCGUUAUCUAUUUCAACCACAUGUUUACUCAUUAAGCCAUUUAUUUACUAUCAUUGGAAAGCAUACACUUAUAGUUCAUAGUUGGAAUAUAUCAUUCUCUCUCUCUUGUAUCAAGGUUCUAUUAUAAAGCACAAAGGAACUGUGGAACCAUGCAUUAAGCCAUUCAUUUAAGAGGGUGGUUAAGCUCAA